CGCAAACACACCAACAUCAUCAUGGCCAACCCACCCAAAAGUCCUUCUUUCGAUUGGGAAAUGUUCCGCUACGUCCCGUCUCUUGCGGGUGCCAUCAUCGCCAUCAUCGUUUUCGUUAUUAUGACAUGUCUUCAAGUCUGGCAGUGGACCAGGACAAGAAAUCACUUGGUCAUAUAUGUGAUCAUAGGGACUCUUAGCGAAAUUGGCGGGUAUGGCGCACGAAUUGGCUCCCACUUCGAUAACGCAAGCUGGGCUCCAUUCAUCAUACAGGGCACGAUGCUACUCGUGGGGCCCCUCUUCUAUGCAGCUACAAUUUACAUGAUGCUUGGUCGCACCAUCAUCCUCGCCCAAGGAGAAGACGUCUCGUUGAUCAAACCGAAAUGGUACACUCGCGUGUUUGUGGGCGCGGAUAUCAGCACUCUGGUCAUCCAAGGUUUGGGGGCUUCCAUCAUGGGAACCAAAAAGUUGGAGCUUGCCAUUGCCGGCGAGAAAAUUGUCAUUGCAGGCCUGGCACUUCAAACAGCUACCUUCGUCUUCUUCCUUGUCGCAUCCGUCGAUUUUCACAUCCGAAUGAACCGCAAAGCAUCAUUUGCUAGCAAUGGAAGUACUGGGAAUCCAGCCGACAGCAUUAGAAUGUUGUGGAUCCUUUACGUUAUCAGUUCGCUCAUUCUAGUGCGAUGCAUCUUCCGUCUCAUCGAAUAUUCCACGGGCAAUGCAGGCUAUCUCAUCUCGAAUGAGUGGACAUUGUACGUGUUCGAUGCCGUGCCGAUGUUUAUUGUGCUUGUACUAUUGUUGGUCCUGCAGCCAACGAAGUAUAUUCCAAGGAAGUUGAGUGGGUUCAGUGAGAUUGAGGGAGGUGCAUCAGAGCUGAGGACACAAGCUGCAUAA